AGGUGAGUCGCACGCGAGGUUAUAUUUCGCAAUUCGCAAUCGAAUUCGUGUACCAAAAUAGUUUCCGUCAUCGCGAUUGUGGUUUCGCUGCAGACUGACCGCUGCUGGCCAACGUUGACCAGUUUUUUAACUAUCAUAUACGAUCCUCGCCUAUCCGAAUUUGCACGACUGAUGGUAUUUGCUCCUUGUAUGCAGCCUACAUUCGCAAAUUUACAUUUUACAAGUGUGGAACUUUUCGUGAAGAAUUUAUAAGCUACCUGUCGACGAGGCGCGCCCGAGUAUUCGCAGGAGAAGAGAGAGAGAGAGAGAGAUUAUGGCGCUAGAUUAGACGCAUGCCCUAGGUAUGCGCUCGCUCGCUGCAGGUUUUUAGAAAGUACAGUUUAAUGCCAAUUCUGCACGAUGACAGCUGAUACGAUUGAUUGACCAAAUAUUUGCUGACACUCUGGACACUAAAUUUGUUGUACAAUGGAUAAAAGCAAUCCUUCAAAUUUCAGUGCAACAAAUACUAAUCCCCAUGACUGUUGGGAAAUUUAUCAAAAAGUUUUAGAGGAAACAAAAUCUUUGGAGGAUUUUCUGGAUGAAGAAAAUUGUCCAAAAAAUUUUGAUGAUGGAGAAGCAGAAGCUGAAUGGUUAAAAGCAGCUGGAUUAGGUCAACUUGUGGAACCAUGGAAACAGGGCAGGGAAAUUCAACCUGAAGAAUUAGGUGCUGCCCUCAGAUCGUUAUCGUUUGCACAAGCUGAAGCAGUUAAAAAGCGUGUUAAUUCUCUUAAUCAUACUGUAAAGCAAAAAUACAACCAACGUCAAAAAGUUAAAAAGCCAGACAUUAGAUAUGUUUUUAAAGAGUCUGAGGCAUCUAGUACUGGAACAAGAUCAAGAAGUGCUACUCCAGACUCUCUUGAUUCAGUUCCAGGUGAAACUUCAGAAAAUUCAAUAUCAUUGUCACCCUCGUCAGCACCAUCUGUUAAUGUAAGCACUUCUCACCAUGAAAGCUCUCAUGUGCCAAGUUUUGUAUCUGUAUUUCAUCGACAUACUAAUGAUAAUAAAGAAGGAAUAGGUAAAUUAUCAAGUCCUUCUACAAAUUCACCUAGCUCAGCUCUACCUGUUCAUGAAAUAUUUCGACGUUCAGGCCACUGGUCUCAUCGUGGCGAUAUUGCUGGAGGAGACUCAGAAGGAAUAAAAUUAACUGCUUAUCAAAAACUUGGUACAAUACAUCUAUCAAGAUCAACCAUCCAAAGACUUAAUGAAAGUGAUCCUAGUCAAGUAGCCAAUGGUGAUUUAGAAAAGAAUAAAUCUAAAAAUAUUACAUUAAGAAAUUUAAAUAACCAUGCUACUAUCACUCGAAGUCACAGUAGCUUGUAUGGAUCAAAUAAAGUUAAAGAAGGUAACCCUGAAACUCGUCCCCUAAAUCGUACUUCGUCACAUGGACAUUUAAGUUUUGAAGAAAUGUGCAAAGCCAAUGAAGCUAAAAAUAAUCAGUGGAAUCCCAUGGAUAUGAGUUUAGAUGAUAAUUAUACUCAACAAGAUAUACAAUUACUGUCUCAACGAGAUUUUACUAAACUACAGCCUUUACUAUGGCUUGAAUUGACAUCAGUAUUUGAUAAAUAUAAUUUACCACUUUUCAAAAGAAAGCCUAAUAAACGAAAACGUAAAUGUGGAAAUGUCUUUGGAGUAUCUUUAUCUACUCUUCUUCUUCGAGACAGCCAAUUGCAAAAUGAUGAAAGUAAUGUCCCUUUAGUUUUUCAAAAAAUCUUACAUGAAUUGACAACUCGAGGAGUAACAGAAGAAGGAAUUCUUCGAGUUGGAGGACAUAAACAAAAGGUGGAAAUUUUAUGUAAAGAAUUGGAGGCAGAUUUUUUCAGUAAGCCUCAAGAAAUAGAUAUUCUCAUAAAGCGUACUCCAUGUCACGAUUUAUCAGUUAUUUUGAAAAAGUUACUUCGGGAUUUACCCCAACCUUUGCUGACAGUGGAACUCAUUGAUGCAUUUUAUCAAACUCACGGUGUAAAAAAUCCAAGUGAUCUAGCAUAUUCGUUGAAUCUGUUGGUGUUACUACUUCCAGUCGAAAAUCGUUGUACUCUAAAAGAACUCCUAACUUUCUUUAAACUCGUCAUUGAAAAUCAAUGUUCAAAUAAAAUGACUAUACAUAAUGUUGCUAUGAUAGUUGCACCAUCGCUAUUUCCACCUCGUUAUAUCUAUCCUAGAGAUGAAAGAGAUUUAAGCGCUCAAGUCAAUAAAGCUGCCAUGUGUUGUCAAGUAACUGAAUCAAUAAUAUUGAAUUAUGAUAAAUUAUGGGAUGUACCAAGCCAACUUAUUAACCAGCUGCAUCAGCAAACCAAAGAGGAACAUAGUAGAAGAAUGAAGAAGAAACAUUUGUGAGAUUUUAAACUUAUAAAAAAACUAAUUUUUGCUAAUAAUAUAAUUCGAAGAAUAUAAUUCUCUUUAGAUUAAACGUUUGUACCUGGUACCAUGUAACUAGGAAUAUCGUUGAUACUUAGAUUUUAUUAAUUAUUAAUAGGAAAUCUUACUAAAAACAAUUGUACAGUUUUAUAUUAUAUAAUUACAUGUCUCACUUGCGAUGCAGUACAUUAUUGUAAAAAGCAAUAUAUAUUUAAAUAAUCGAGACUAUUGAUGAUUGUUAAAAAUAAUGAGAAACUUUAUUAAAUAAAA